GAAAGGCCGAAAAUGACCAUGUCUAUCUUCAUGCAGAUACUGGCCCUUGGAUUUCUUGAGCCAGUGAUUGACCAAGGCUUCACUUGUUUGGGGAUGCAAUACACUUCUGCUACGUUUGCAUCUGCUAUUAUGAACGCUGUACCUUCUGUAACCUUUCUUAUAGCAGUAAUUCUCAGAUUAGAAAGUGUAAAGUUGAAGGAGGUACGCAGUCAAGCGAAGGUAAUAGGAACCUUGGUAACCUUUGGUGGGGCUCUGUUGAUGACACUUUACAAAGGGCCCAAAAUCAAUCUUAUAAAUAAUCCAAACAGCUUCCAGAAAGAUGAAAGGCAGUCCCUUGAAGAUGACAAACACUGGUUCACAGGGACCCUAUUUUUAUGUCUUGGUUGUUUGGCUUGGUCUUCCUUUUACAUAUUGCAGUCCAUAACAGUAAAAAGGUACCCUGCGGAACUAUCGCUGUCGUCGUUGAUAUGCUUGGCCGGUGCAUUGCAAAGUGCUGUGGUUGCUCUGAUUGCAGAUCACAACCCUCGUUCUUGGGCUAUUGCUUUCGACUACACACUCUAUGGCCCUCUUUAUGCUAACUUAUCUCAUGAUCAAUAA